GAACAGAAGCUGCAGCAGUCCUCCACCUUCUCCUCAGUGCAGGUAAAGAAUCCACAUCCAGCUGUGGCCAUGAGGAUCCUUCACGUGCUCCUGGCUGUCCUCUUCCUGAUGCUCCAAGGGGCUGCAGGACAAGUGUUUCCUAGGCUAGACAAUUCUUGUUUGAUCCAAAACGGACGCUGCUUCCCAGGGAUUUGUCGUCGCCCUUAUUACUGGAUUGGAACGUGCAGCAAUGGAUAUUCUUGCUGCAGAAUGGGGUGGAGUAGCUGAAGAGUCCCUGGAUUCACCUUGGAAAUCCUUCCUGCUUCUACUGGAAUGUUCCUGGGAGUCACCCUGAUCCCAUCGCUCCUGGUGGCACCAGCUCCUGCUCCAAUGAAAAGCUGUCACAAUACUCCCUUGCAGUGAAGCAAACACCACAAACAUGAAGCAGGCAACACUGUGGAAACUAUUUCUUUCCUUUCCUUUAAUAAAAUCAGUUAUGGUGG